AAGACUCGACCAACCAUGGACAGCGCCACCGGAUCCGGGCUGAUGGAGGAGUAUGAUUUGAUGAAGCAACAAAAGUACCGCGUGUACAUCUCGAACAUAGACAAGGCGCUGAAAAACUUCGAAUAUUCCAGCGAAUGGGCCGAUCUGAUCUCGGCGCUCGGCAAACUCAACAAAGUGAUCUCUUCCAACGCACAGUAUCAAAUAAUUCCGCGACGGAUCAAAAUUUCCAAGCGCUUGGCACAAUGCAUGCAUCCGGCGCUACCGUCGGGCGUGCAUCUGAAGGCGCUGGAGUCGUACGACGUCAUCUUCAGCAACAUCGGUGUGGAAAGGCUCGCCUCCGAGCUGUUCAUCUACAGUGCUGGGUUGUUUCCACUGUUGGGCUACUCGGCAAUGAACGUGCGUCCGGCUUUACUGUCCAUCUACGAGAAAUAUUUUGUGCCGCUUGGCGAGAAGCUAAGACCCGCACUGAGCGGGUUUUUGAGUGGAGUGUUUCCGGGCCUUGAAGCCGGUCAGGAUCACUUUGAGCGUACGAACCAGCUACUGGAUAAAGUGUGCACUGCUGUGCAGCUAGAAUGUUUCUACACCUGCUUGUGGGAGUGUAUUGUAACGAAUGCGUCCGUUCGGUUGCCGGCCAUUACCUACGUGCUGGAACAUUACGAUAAGAAAGUACCGUGUGCGGCCCAACGAGAGCUGAUGGGUAGCAGUAUGGAGCUGAUGGUGAAUGGGCUUUGCAGUUGUUUGAACGACGCAGUGAUACUGGUGCAGCGAAAUACGCUCGAGUUUCUACUGCUGGCAUUCCCAAUGCAUGAUCCAUUACUUUCCGAGAUGUAUACAACGCGACUGGUCAAAACAGCUCUCAACACGAUUCUACGACGAGACAUGUCAUUAAACCGGCGUCUUUACUCUUGGCUGCUCGGAGCCGACACCAGCAUGGGUAAGCAUAUGCAAAGUACGGCAGCUGCGGGCACGGUUGCCUCAUCUUGCUCAGCGAAUUCUUCUGAACCGUACGAUCCGAACACGUAUUUCGAGCGGUACGCUAAAAAACGCCUAAUAGCCGCAUUCAAGAUGAUUCUCAAGGAGAGCAUUACACACACCCCAGUUGAUCUUAGUCCGUAUCGGAUACUGAUUUCAUUGCUGGAUAAGGCGGAAAUAGGUUUGCGCAUUCUAGACGAUCUGCUCUGUGACAUCAUCCGUGCAAUAUCGCUUUGUAACGGUAAUCUGGAGGUGCAGAAGUCGGCCAAUUUACUGUUCUCGACGUUCGAUCCAGCGUACAUAUGGAACUAUAUGGCACGGCUGUAUCGUGAGGCAGCAAUCCGGACCGAACGACAAAGAACCGACACGGAACCAAUACGGAUCGAUUCAGGCCCCGCCACCACAGUGGAGGUGUGCCAUUUGACUGAGUUCCUAUUGGAAACGCUCUCGCUGGAGAUGUACAACGAGACAACGCGCGUCCAUCUGCCAAAGUUCCUGUUAUCGCUUAUCUCCAUGCUCACCACGUACGAGAGCAAUAUGCACUCGAUUGAAGUAGCUUCAUCGUUGCGGUUGUUGGUGAAAAUAGUUUCCAAAAUUCAGCCCAUGAUCAUGUCGGAAAAAGUGUUUGAUUUAACGUUGAACCGAAGCGUCAGUUCUACACCGCAGAAUGCCACCGGGCUGCAGAGUGACGGAACGAAAGAGUGUAACAAUCUCGAGAAGAGUAGUAGUGAUUCUAAAAUACACGAAACUUCGCUGCAGGUAUUGGAAAAUGGUACAUUCCAGCGAUCGAGUUCGAGCCAGGGACUGCACAAAAAGGGCAGUGGAGGUGGAUCUGGACCAGGAAGCGGGAAGUACAGUAAAAAGAGCAAAAAGUCCAAAUCAUACACUAAGCUGAGCGAGCUAAACUCCAGCCGGGAGGGUUCCCUGCAGGGUAGCAAAACGAAGCUUAACCACGUGGAGUCGGAAAUAAAGAUAAGCGGCGCGAGCUCGACACCGAACUUAGAAAAUGGCACCGGGGUCAAUGGAAAUGAGUUGGCCAGUGGUACCGAAGAAGAUCCGAUCGAGGGACGAAAGCGAUUUAGCUGUAGCAGCAGUAGCAGCACCAGCAGUAGCAGCAGUAGUUAUAGUAGCAAUUCAAAUAGUAAUCGAAGUCGUAGCAGUACAGCCAGUGGAGCAGAAGAAGUAGGAAUCGCGGGGAGAGGAAUCGUCAUACAGGUGCAACCUUCGGAAAGCGGUGCUGCUGCUGUUGCUGCAGGUGUGUCUACAAUAGCACAGUUACCUGAUUGUCCUAUCUUGGAUCGCUGUAUACGACAGUAUGUGUCCUUUUUUGAACUGUACAUAUGUCGUAAGCUGUUGUCUCAAGUGGACAGUUCCUGCGAUGAACAUGUAAGUCUGCAGGCAAAUGUUAUUCUCAAUGUGAAUGACCACGCGGCGAGUUUGGCAUCUUCGAACGAUCAGGAUUUGGUUGUCAUAAAUACAUUAAUGUGCGAACUGAACGAAGUAUUUGAGACACUUUUGACAAAUGCACAGUCGUCGAGAGUUAAGCUUACCGCUAUGCUGGCACAAUCGGUCGAGCGACGAUCGGAGAUAUCGGCUGCGAAAGUCCCAGUUCGAGAGAUGAGCCGCAAGCAGGAGUACGAAAUAGCUCAGCUGGUACGAGGGAACGAAAAAUUAUCCCGAGUCUCCCACACACCCGUGUGUGAAUCGUUACGAAACGCGCUGAAACUGGCAUGUAACGUCUUAACGGAAAUGUCUUCGUUUCCCAGCUACCGAAACGAGGGCGGAAACACAGAGCGUUUGGAUGACGUGCCCGGAUGGUUGAAAGCUCUCACUGUGCUAGCGAUCUUCGUCAGCGACCUGGACACACAACUCUCCGCGGCCCAAACGUUGAUCGAUAUGAUUGGUUUACUGCGAACGAAUGGUAAGAAAUCGUCCAAGGAGUCUAGCAAUGGCAAAACGAUCGUGCUUAUGAUGCCACUGCUGAAGCUAUCGCACGUAAACUGUUUGGAGCGGCGUACUAAAGUGUUUCAGGUGCUGACCACGAUGCUUUGGGACUAUCUCGAUGCGUCUCGACCAGAGGCACGCACGAUAAGCCAACUACUGUACCGUAUACACAACUGUCUUGACAGUCGGUUUACGGAGCAUGUCAUAAUCGAUCGAUUGCUCGUACCUCAAACCUUGUUUGACGAUGAUGAAACUGCCGAAAGUUACUACCGAGGUGUGAUGGAGCGCACCAUGCGACGAAGAGAUCCGUCCGCACUGCACGCCCUUUGGCAAAUUCCGGUAUUAGCAAAGACGGAGCUGAAGAUCGAUUCGGAAGGAUUCCGCAAGUUUCAGCUGCUAUGGAAGCUUGGUCGAGACACAUACCACGGGAAUGAAUUUGAAAAGCUGCUGUUUUUGGUACUGGACUCGCUCACCCUGCCUAGGAAUGUUUCGAUACAGGUGAAGACGGCAAAUUGGCUGCGAGAGGCACUGGUGCGUGGCGAUAUAGGACGUAUAUUGAAGUUGCUCCUGAAAAUUCUGUUGAACGAAAGCACGAAACGUUUAAGUAUCUUCUGUCCAAAGCGUUUACGGGGAGCUGGCGCAGGAACAGAGUUGGACGAUGCUGCAACAAAUGGUGUAUCGGUGAGUGAGUGGGAGAAGGAGUUACUUGCCGAUGCGGAUGUGCAGUUGAACCAAGCUUGCUUUGCGGUUAGCUCGGAAGAUGGUCAGAUACGGUACCAUAUGGAUCCGGCGGCCGGUUUGGGUAAGAAGCGAAGUCCUAUUAGAUCAAUUCAGAAAAAAAUAUUUGGCGUCUCCAUCGGUGGCGGAGGCAGUGGCAAUUCGAAGGGAAGCGAUUCUGGACGCUCCGGCACUCCGGGAAGUGGUGGACAGCUGAUUGUGUCCAACUAUGUAACGAACGAAAGUGUUGGAAAGAAGGUACAGCAGGUGGGUGGUUUGACGUCCGAGCAAGGCGACGACGGAGGACAAUACGGGAAGAUUUCGGUGAUUAUCAAUCCACUCGAAUCGGAUCAAUUACCGACAAAGGCCAGUGGUAUGAGAAAUCGGUCCAAUUCCAUGGGACUUUUGGCGGCCGUCGACGUGGACAGCGGUAUAUCGGAACCGAGUUCUCUUGCUACACCAGGAGGAACGUCUCAGUUCGGCAAGAAGGAAUUCCACCGAUCAACGUCCGAUCUUGAUGACACAAAUGAUAGUGAACCGGACUUUCCAGGGCAUGCACGAGGGAAGCAACGGAAUAGCAGGUACCGAGGAUCGGAGGGAUAUAUAGACAAUGAACCAAUCAAGCGGUACGUCGAGGAUGGUCCAAUAGUGGAUUUCAUCAGUAAAUCAAGUGAUCGUUUCCGUAAUCGUAAGACAUAUCUCAUCUCGUCGGGAAACCUCUCUGGCGCUGGGGAGGACUCGUUACUUUCCGGAUCUUCUUAUACAUUGACGAAUGGAUUAUCUCCGUCGGUGAAUGGAACUAUAACCACUGACGAAAUCACGAACGAGGAUGGCAGUAUCACUAUGACUACAACCACUACUACCAGCGCAUUCACAGAAGGCACGACUGGCGGCGAGGAGGAUAAGGCGGCUCCGAAAGUGACGUUCACACGUAUAAAGAGCUGGCGCAACGGGAAUAAGCUGUACCCAUUCCAUACACACUUCCUUGUGUACGAGUCUGUGUUCAAUACGAAGCAGGCCCUGUAUACGAUCGAAACAUUACGCAACAUUCUGACGAAUGAUGCUCGGUUCUUUUUAUGCCUCUCGGUGACUACGUCCGUCUCAAGUGGGCAGAUCAAAUCACUGCUUCUACGACACCGACGCAAUAUCUUUGGCAAGGGCUUCACGGAAGCACGGGACGACUCGGAACAUCAGAAUUUGUAUCGCGGAAGUAUGUACCUCGAGGUGAUUCUUACCGUACUGCUGUACUACACGCGCAGUUAUCAGACUGAUCAGGGAAGGGAUGGCAAGGGAAGACAACCGUCGCGCGACGACUUUAAUACGAAUGCCAAGAUUCAGCUGGAGUGCAUUGAGUUGAUGACCACGAUCUUCGGCGAGUUGCUAGCAGUGGUGCGGGACGUAGGCAAGAAUCUUGCCAACUAUGUUGCGGACCUGCUGGACAAGUGUAAGGUGCAGAAAAUUGUGCUUUACUGCCUGGCGUCCUCGGUGAACUACUUCUCUAGCCCUGGAGGCUACACUUGCCCAGCAGAUGAGGUACUCCGGUACAGUGAUCCGGAAAGCACGCGUCAAAAUGCGGAGGCUUACCAAAUCGAACUGCUUCGGUUGCUGUUAGCACUGUUGAAGCUAGAGCAUGAGAUCACUUUACAGCGUGCAGACGGAGGUGAGGGAACUGCAGCAUCGGGAACAUCUGGAACAUCCAAUAUCGUCGGAAGUUCAACGGCAAGCGGAAAGAGCGGUGUUGCCACAUCGUCAAGUGCUUCUCCAACUAAGGUCGCACCGGAAACAAAGCGUACGUACCGGUAUACACCCAACCUAUUGCUCGCGCAGCAACCUAUGUUCCUGUCAACGAUCUUGUCCGCACUAGCAUGUGAUCGAUUACAGCACGUGCACAAGAACUGGACCGAUAUGAUAACGGCCUGUCUGACUUGUUUACCUCCCGGCAAUCUAACGAACAUCGUGAUCAGCGUGAUCCAUCAGCUCUGCAAUAACCUAGACAGAGUGACCAGGCGCGAACGCAUCCUUGUACAAUCGAUCGAUUACAUCGUCUCGCAGCUUGAAGCAAUCACAGUUCUUGCCCACUACUGUCUGUUAGAUAGCUCUCAACAGAUUUCACUCGCCAGCAUGUUCAAUGCCUCAACAGGAUCAAACAACGGAUUAACUUCCGCCACGGCGAAUCAAUCUGGACAGAUCAUUAACAACAUAAUGAAUGUGUUUUUGUCCUACUCUUCUUCGUUGCUGAGCGGUAGCAUCAAUCAACAGGUGAAGAAGAAUCAUCAAGAAGUUGCCAAAGCGGCUAUUCUAAGUCACCUGCCCCGUAUUAUUAUCACUAUCGCCACGCUGUGGGAGACAACCAUCAGCGAUUUCCGACGAGGAAAGCACCAGCUGCUGGAAUUCUUGAGCCCUAUCUCAAUGCACUAUGGUACUAACUUCCUGACCGCGAUUGCCGUUGCUUGGUAUGAGCGUAGUAAUAACGAUAGUUCCGGCAAGGCGUCAACGAUCAGUGAAGUAACGGGAAAUGAAGCUUCCGACGUUGAUUUCUUCGACAUAAUGUCAAAAGCGCUACCUCAAGCAAGCGAUAAUCAACUGCUGUUGGUAAAGUUGAUCACCGGUAUACGUAUCAUGUCGGUGGAUUCCUUCAUUCAAACGAUGCAUCAGGUUAUUAAGAGCCCACCAGCGAUCUAUCAACCGCCAUUGGGCCUAAAUCUGGAAGUGAGCGCACUGGAACUGUUGUACUUUUUCCUCAUAUCCGGUGUUUCGCCUGCACAGUACACUGACUGCUGGAGUUCGCUGUACGCAUUACUAAAGGACUGUCUGGGAUUGCAAAUAACAGCCCAGUUUGUGGCGCUUUCUAUACUGAACGAGUUUGUACAGCGAUGCCCGACGAUGCCAUUCUCGGACAAGAAAGACCUUCGUGAUCUGCACGACGUGACGUCGCGUUUAGUGGAAGCGGUGUCGAAUGUGGCCGGUUCCUGCCUCGAACAGACCACAUGGCUAAGGCGCAAUCUUUCGGUGAAAGAGGAGUUUAGUUCGAUUGACAGCACGGGCAAAGAUGGAUUGUUGAUGCCAUCAAAUCAGCACUAUUCGAUACAGGCGCAAUCGAUUCUAGCCAUCAUUCUGGCAUCGUUGCUUGACGUUGCGUUCAGCUCGCAGGAAAAGGACAAAGUGACGACUAUCGUUACUGGUGUCAUGUACAACAUCGUGCCUUACCUUAAAACGCACACCGUCAAAAACAUUCCAACGUUUCACGCCUGCUCGAAUCUGCUGGCCAGCUUAAGCACGUACCAGUACAUUCGAAAGGCUUGGCGAAAGGAUGCACUCGACCUGCUGUUGGAUACAGCCUUCUUUCAAAUGGAUAGCCGCUGUUUGCCGUACUGGAAAACUAUUCUGGAUAGUUUGAUGACCUGUGAUAAUACUACCUUUAGAGAUCUUAUGAAUCGUUUACCAUUAGCGCAAACCGGAACAUUGAAUAUAUUUACGUCCAAGGAGCAAGAAUAUGAGCAGCGUGCACUGUUGCUGAAGCGACUUGCCUUUAUCAUUUUCUGCAGCGAAGUCGAUCAGUACCACAAAUAUAUGCCGGAGAUUCAAGAACAACUUGCCAACAGUUUGCGUCUACCUCAGGUAGUACCCUUGAUCCAAUCGGCAGUUUUCCUGUGCUUCCGAGUAUUGCUGCUGCGAAUGUCAGCCGACCAUGUGACCAGCCUAUGGCCAAUCAUUAUCGCGGAAAUGGUCCAAGUGUUUCUGUCGAUUGAACAGGAGCUUAUGACGGAUACGGAAGAAUUUAGAUCCCAAUCAAGUCAACAUAUCCGUAUGCUGUCGGGGUUGGACACGGCAUGGGUCACGAACACAAGCAAUGGGCUUUAUUCUUACGGACAUCCGCACUGGCGAAUGGUGCAACUAGAAACGGCCAAGUUACUCGAAUUGGGUUGCGUGUUGCCGGCCACCAUUUUACCACACUUUCAAAUGUAUCGAUGGGCAUUCGUAAGCAGCCAAAACGAGAAUCUGCAUAAAGUCGGUGGAUAUGAUGAGAAGAAAAUGGCAUUCAUACCUCAUGUUUCCAGAAUAUCGCAACUAAUGGAUCUUCGCUACACGUCUCACUCACCGAAAACGCAAACCACAAAGGGAAAGCACAUCAUGUUGACCUGUCAGUCGAUAAACACUUUGCAGGACUUGUACGGUUUCUUUUCGACACUCUCGAUGCGGUGGCCAUCACACAUCUCGUACAGUGACACCGAAAAGGACACGAAGCAAUGUUUGGAGGAAGUCGAGUAUGUACUGGCAUUGGACUUUUUGGAGAAAAUUCCUUCAACUAAAUAG